GUCAAAAUUUAGGAAACAUCGUCACUUACAUCGUCUCUGGGGUUCUGUGUGCUAACGGUUUCGACAACGGCUGGGGAUCCAUUUUUUAUAUUACAGGAGGUAUCGUCUUUUUCUGGGUCCUAGCCUGGUUUCUUCUGGUGUCCGACUCGCCAGAGCUCCACCCCACCAUCUCAGUGGCCGAACGCAACUAUAUCAUCAAAGGGCGGGGAAAUACAUCUCACAGGGACAUCGUGGUGCCCUGGUUGGCUAUCGCCAAGUCACGUGCCAUGUGGAUGUGCCUGAUGGCUCACAUCGGCAACAACUAUCUCAACUACACGCUGGUCACCGGCCUGCCUUCCUUCAUGAACGAGGUGCUCAAGUUCGACAUCAAACAGAACGGUUUGAUGACCGCCAUUCCUUACAUGGUAAUGACUGUGACCAUGAUUACUGCCGGAUACGCAGCCGAUUUUAUCCGGUCACGGUACCUGAGCACAACCUACACAAGGCGGCUCUUCCAGGCAACGUCGUUUCUGGGCGCAGGGGCCUGUCUGGUGGGUGUGGGGUUUGUGGACUGCGAGAACCGGGUGAUUGCCGUGGUCCUGCUGGCCGUGGCUGUGGGCUUUGAAGGGUUAUGUUUCGCUGGGUACAUGGUCAACCAGGUGGACUUCGCUCCCAGGUUCGCAGGUGUGCUGAUGGGAAUCACCAACAUGAUCGCCACAGUUCCCGGGAUCCUGGCCCCGACCAUCAUCGGCGCCCUGACUCCAAACAAAACACAAGACGAGUGGCGAAAUGUCUUCUACAUCUGUGCAGGAAUGUGUUUGUUUGGGGCCAUCUUUUUUGGGCUCUUCGCUAAGGGAGAACUGGAACCAUGGGCCGCCAUGCCCGAGGAAAUUACGGUGACCGCAGACGAUCAGAAGAAGCCACGGUCUGAACACAGCCUUGGUCAGGCUAACGAAGCGUUUUCAACUAGCGACGAGAUAUUGUCUCAGAAUGACAAACGCACAACAGACCCCAUGUGGAGCAGGUUAUAA